CAACAAUUCAUUCUUCAGUGAGUCAUGAGUGAACUACCAAAAAAAAACAACAACAAAUAUUAUUAGACGUCAGUAUCAUGAAAAUUAUUUAAACAUAGGAUUUACUUGGUCAGUAUGAAGUUGGCGACACUGUGUAUGGGUGCACGCUGCUCUACACAAAAUGGCGUUUGGCUAAUAAUCGACCAAUCGUUGGCGUUCAUACCUAUUCACAACAAACGCUGAACGCGCUCUACACCUACACGCGGCUCAUAGACCAUACCUAAUACCUGUCUCAGUGGUCACUUUAUAUGUCACGUUACUUACGAUAGGUCGUCGGUUGUCCUUGUGAUACUAAAAUGUUUUUUGAGUGAAUUCGAAAGUGUUUUCAGACCGACGUUCUAUCUACGACGUAUUCAGGUUAUUGUUAAGAGCGAACAAUUCUAAGCAAUGGAUCCCAUCAGACCGGGUAGAGGUCGAGCACAUACUCGUCCGAGAGGGCCACCACCUGGCCAAGGUGGUCCCCCAGGCCCGCCAUUAGGUCCAAGAGGUGGAGGUCCUAGAGGUCAAACAGGACCAGCAGGUCCUCAAGGAGCUGCUCCCCUUCCGAGAGGUCCACGGCCAUCCGGUCCUGGCCCUCGACCAGUUAUGCGGCCACAAGGGCCUAGUCAAACUGUUCCAAAACCAGCUAGUGCGAUGGCAGGAGUAGAGCAAGUUACUGAAGGUGUAAAGAAAAUGGCAACUGAUAAUACCCCUGUUCCACUUGGUCGUGGAACUGUACGUGGUCGUCAACCGGUUGACGCUGAACACUUCAGAGCACCUCGUCCCCAGUCUUCUCUUGGAGAUAAAGGGAAAAAAGGUACCUCUGGACAACCAGUAGCGCUAUUGGCAAAUUAUUUUCCAAUCACUUCAAACUCCAAGUGGUGCUUGUACCAAUAUCGUGUUGAUUUUGAUCCUGAUGAAGACAGAAUUUUCGUCAAAAGAAGUCUGUUAAGACAGCACAAAGAAAAGUUUGGCGGUUAUUUGUUUGAUGGCACCAUGUUAUUCACUAGCGUCAAGAUGAACCCUGAGAAUUUCGAAUUGACUUCUAAAAGACACUAUGAUGAUGCGAUGUUCAUACUUAAGUUUAAAUUUACAAAUACUAUUGAAUAUGGAGAUUAUUCAUAUAUUCAAGUUUUCAAUUUGCUUCUGCGUAACUGUCUUCGUCAUCUUGAAUUGAAACUUGUCGGCAGAAACUAUUACGACGCUUCUGCUAAGAUAAAUUUACCAGCUUUCAAACUUCAACUUUGGCCAGGAUACGAAACAUCUAUUGCCAGACAUGAAGACGACAUAUUACUAUGUGCCGAGAUUUCGACAAAAGUAAUGCGUCAAGAAACUGUCUAUGAUUUCUUUAAUCAGUGCGCCCAAGAUAGACACAGGAACCGAGACUGGAUGACCACUUUUAAAAAUGGCAUAAUCGGUACAACAGUUAUGACUAUCUACAACAAUGAAACAUACCGUAUCGAUGAUGUUGAUGAAAAUGCAGACCCGUCAUCGACGUUUAACAAGAAAGAUGGUUCGGCCAUGUCUUAUAACCAAUAUUAUCAAGAUAAAUGGCAUGUCACCAUCAAGGGCGGAAGGCAACCCAUGUUGAUUUCGAAAAACAAGAAAUCCGUACGUCAAAUGGGCGGAGAGGAAGCUAUUGUUUAUUUGGUGCCCGAACUGUGCGUCAUGACUGGAUUGACUGAUCAAAUGAGAAACAAUUUUACUUUAAUGAAAGAAAUGGCAGUUUACACACGUGUAAAUCCAAAUGAAAGAGUGAAACGACUUGUGAACUUUGCUCAGCGCCUUUUAUCGUCGGAAAAAUCUGUUCAAGAAUUAAAGGAUUGGAAUUUGUCAUUAAGCAAAAACCUCGUCGAAGUGACAGGGCGUACGUUGCUUCCAGAACAAAUCAAGAGCAACAGGGGGGAUUAUAACGGAGCAAUGGAAGCAGAUUGGACCAAGCAUCUGCGUAGUAGCCCGAUGUAUACUUGUGCGGUGAUGAAGACUUGGGUUAUUUUGGGCCCUGAAGACUCUAUUAGAGAUAUACAGGGUUUCGCCCAAAGCCUUUAUAAGGCUGGACAAGGAAUGUCUUUUUCACUACCGCAGCCCGUCAUAGUGCCAUUAAGGGAUACCAGGUCUAAUGCACUAAUGACAACAUUGGAACAAGUUAUAAACGAAAGAAACCCUACAAUGAUACUAUGUGUGAUCCCUUCAGCAAGAGGAGAUGUAUAUAGUAUGAUUAAAAGGAAAUUGUGUGUUGACCGCGCAGUACCUUCUCAAGUGGUCCUUCUGAAAAACGUUCAAAAGAACAACAUGUCUGUUGUGACAAAAGUGGCUAUUCAAAUCAAUUGUAAAAUCGGUGGUGCUCCAUGGCUUGUUACUAUACCCAAAAAGGGUAUGAUGAUUGUUGGAUACGACGUAUGUCAUGAUAGUCAAAACAAAAAUAUUUCUUAUGGCGCAUUGGUUGCCACCAUGAACGACGCUCAUACUUGCUACUUCAGCUGUGUCGAACCGCAUAGAAGUGGAGAAGAGCUGUCCAAUCAUUUUGCCGCCAGUAUAAGUAAGGCAUUGGCAAAAUACAAAAUGAUAAAUGGCGCUUUGCCAACUGCAAUUGUCAUUUACAGAGACGGUGUUGGUGAUGGCCAGAUAUCCUACGUCCACAAAACCGAAGUUAAACUGUUGAAGGCGGCUACUGAACAAUUUUAUGGUGCUGCUUCUGUUCCAUUGGCAUUUUUAAUAGUAACCAAGAGGAUAAGCGCUCGUUUCUUUACAAAACAAGGAAUCCAAAAUCCCGCACCCGGUACUAUUAUUGACACUGUGGUUACAGAUCCUACCAAAUACGAUUUCUUCCUUAUUUCACAACACGUAAGACAGGGUACGGUAACCCCUACCCAUUAUCAUGUCAUUGAGGAUUCCCUGCACUUUCCGCCUGAUAUAAUGCAGAAACUUACUUAUAAAUUGUGUCACAUGUAUUACAAUUGGUCAGGUACUGUGCGUGUUCCCGCCCAUUGUCAACUGGCCCACAAGUUGGCCUUUUUAACUGGGCAAACACUCAGAAGUUCACCCAAUACAGGGUUGGACGAACUUCUAUACUUUUUAUAAACAAAGACUUUUUUUGUCAUUGAACUUGAUUAUAUGUAUUAUAUACACACACACAUAUAUAUAUAUACACACACUUCACAUUACAAUUUUUAAGUUACGACCACUAUGUACUAUGAUUGUUAAGGAAAACAGUGUAAGUAAUUAAUGAUAAUUAUGGCCUUUUGUGGCACGACUCAUUUCACCGUCCAUUUUUUUCUCUAUAACAAAUUAACCUAGAUUUUAUUUUAAGGACGUUUGAUCUGCUGUUAAGUAGUAUUAUUUUUUUUUUAACGAAUUUAGGGUAAUUUUAAUGCAUUAUAAUAUAAUUGUUAUAAUUACCAUUGUUUUAUUUCACAUUUAUUUUGAGUUUAUAUUGUUAAAAUAUACUAAAAAUGUGCAAGGUUAUUAUUUCUGACGAAAAUACUUAAAUAUCAAAAAUAAUAUAAGUAAAAAUAAUUAAUUACGUUGUAUUUAAAAACAUUGUAUUUUUAAGUUAAUAUUAACUGAUUUGUAAGUAAUUUUGAAAUCCUUUAAAGGUUUUCUUAUU